AUGAAAAAAGUUGAGAAUGUAAUGGUAUUACACUGUCUCUGUGUCUGCCUGAUCAAUCUCCAGAGAUCUCGAGCUGCUGCUGCCACACAUCACAGGAGCUGAGGCACUGUUUUCAGCUGAUGACUGACAGCAUUGAGCCUUUCGAUAGUCUACCUAAAAAUUAAUCUAACAGUAGCCAUUUCAGUCGAUCUGCAAACGUGAGUGAAUAUCAUCAACAGAAAGAAUGGAACAUCUACACACCUUUCUCAUUUUGCUCUUCCUCUUCUGUUCACCGUGGCUGAGUGCUGGAACAACCUUCUUGACCCAUCAUGGAACGCAGUGUGAAGAAGACUGCAAGCCGGACGGUGGUGAGUACAAGUGCAAGACUAUUGAUGAAGAUGGACAGAGCCAAGCUUUGUACUGUUCACCUCAGGAGAACAUGGACUACUGGGGCAGGCAGUGCAGAGCUGACAGUGCGUGUGGAAAGCAUGGAGAAGACUUCUACUGGUGCAGAAUUAAUGACUUUACUUGGGGAUACUGUGGGCUGGUGAAGGACAAAGAGAAGAUCACUGAAACUGGAGAAGUCACUCACAUCACCCCUCGACAUCGCAACAAGAGAGACCGAGUAGUGAUAGACACUGUGGAUGACAAGGCUAACCGUAUAAAAUUAACCUUUUAUGCGGAGGAAGCUAAGAUCACUGAAGCCAAAAAGUGGAGUGAAGAGGCAACAGACUUAAUCAAUCAAUGGAAUGGUGGACGCCUGUCGAAACGGCAAAAAUCUAAUCUGAUCACAACUGAUAAUCUCCGUAUCGACAUGCAGGGCACCUUCACACACAAUAAACAGCUCUACUACAACCUGCAGAUCCAGAUAAAUAGGAAACGGAAAGGGCCUAAUGAUAGCACCACUGUUUCUCAGAUCCUUGUGCCUGACGGAAUUCCAGACGAGUACAUGCGCAGAGCCUUCCAGGAGAGCUUCAAUACCCAAAAAAAGAUUACUGUUGAAGUUUCAAAAUAUCAGAGCAAAACAGUAAUUUAAACUAUCAUACUUUCUCAACAAGUACAAAAAUACAAGCUUAUAUAUGUUACAGUAAGCCUGUUACUAUUACAAAUAUUAUUUUAAAUGAAUCUCUUGCUUUCUGUUUUGCUUUGCUUCUUUUACUCUCAAUAAAUGACUGAUUUCAUGAAAA